AUGGCCGACCAGGAGGCUGCUGCCAAGCAGCGCAUCGUGUCGCACAUGAACGCUGACCACCAGGACUCGAUUGCACGAUACGUCGAGCACUACUGCAAGGCCUCCUCAUUCACUGCCAGCAAAGCGCGCCUGAGCGACAUCUCCCUCGGGUCCAUGAGCGUCGACGCCGCCGGGCGGCAGUUCACGAUCCCGCUGGAGCCUCCGAUGCAGUCAUGGCGUGAAGCACGCGAGCGUCUCGUGCAAAUGGACAGAGACUGUCUCGUCGGGUUGGGCCGAAGCGACAUUACCGUCAAACAAUACACCCGCCCGCGAGGAGCGCACGCUGUCGUCUUCGUCGUCUGUGCUCUUACGUACGUGCUCGUUUCACGUCGGGCCAAUGCACUCCCAGGGUCGUUUAUCUACGAUCACGUGCUCAGUUAUUCGCCCGGUUUCGCCGCCUUCGUGGCCCAGGUUCAGCCGGUUGUGCUGGCACUGAUGAUAGGCAUCCACGUCGUCGAGGCAUCCAUCAUGGCGCGCAGGCUGCAGCGGCACAACGUGGCGCAGCUGAGUGGGCUGUGGUGGCAGUGGGUCGCUUCGUGCUUUAUCGAAGGCUUCGGCGCUUUGCAGAGGGUUGACGCCCUCGUGCAGCAGGCCCGCCGCGAGAAGGAAAAGCAGAAGCACUGA